CCCGUGUGUAACUGCGGAGAGCGGAAGCGGCGCUCUGUAUUGUCUGCGGGAGGAAGAGGAGGGGGAACCGGGGUCAGCUCUGCAGACCGAAGCUGGGCUCUCCGUUCUGCACAGACGGUGCCUGCGUCAUUCAUGCCUCCGCUCCGCAGGACGCGUCCUCGGCAGCCGGGUUGCAGCGGUGGGCUGUAGCACGCAGGCACCGUAUUCUACACGCCUGCCUGCCUCGUCCCCACACACACACUCCGGCAGAGGGUAGGCCGCGGCGCCCGUGUGAGAGCAGGCACCCGAAGAGAAAGGCCCGGGGUGCCGGGCGACAGCCGGGGUCUCUCCGCGGAGAGUGGGGGAGGAGCGCCGCCUCACAAUAGCCGCUUCUCUCAUUUAUUAACACUCGUCUACUGCAGUCCUCUGGGAGGAGGAAGAUGUCUAAAUCCAGCGGAGGAGGAGCUGGAGCUGGAGGAGGAGGAGGAGGGACCGGGGGACUCACCUGGGUGACCUUGUUUGAUAACCAGAAAAAUGCAGCAGCUAAGGAAGAAAGUGAAAGCAAUAGCAAUAACAAGAAUGACGCCAAGAAGAUGUCCGUGGAGAGGGUCUACCAGAAGAAGACACAGCUUGAGCACAUCCUCCUGCGUCCGGAUACAUACAUCGGAUCUGUGGAGCCAGUCACACAGGCAAUGUGGGUUUUUGAUGAAGACAUCGGGAUGAAUUGCCGGGACAUUACCUAUGUACCAGGAUUAUAUAAAAUUUUUGAUGAAAUUCUGGUCAAUGCAGCCGACAAUAAGCAGAGGGAUAAAAACAUGAGCUGCAUUAAAAUUUCGAUUGAUCCGGACUCCAAUAUCAUUAGUAUUUGGAACAAUGGCAAAGGAAUUCCAGUGGUAGAACAUAAAGUAGAGAAGGUCUAUGUCCCUGCGCUGAUAUUUGGCCAGCUAUUAACUUCCAGCAACUACGAUGAUGAGGAGAAAAAAGUUACAGGUGGCCGUAAUGGUUAUGGUGCUAAACUUUGCAAUAUUUUCAGUACAAAAUUCACAGUGGAAACUGCCUGCAAAGAAUACAAACACAGCUUUAAACAGACCUGGAUGAACAAUAUGCAAAAGACCACAGAACCGAAGAUCAAGCACUUUGAUGGGGAUGACUACACGUGUAUCACAUUCCAGCCAGAUUUAUCAAAAUUCAAAAUGGAGAAGCUAGACAAGGAUACCGUGGCUUUCCUAACCAGAAGGGCUUAUGACGUCGCUGGCUCCUGCAAAGGCGUUCGAGUCAUGCUAAAUGGAAAAAAACUUCCUGUGAAUGGUUUCCGCAGUUACGUAGAUCUUUACGUAAAGGAGAAACUGGAUGAGACGGGUGUAGCACUGAAAGUUAUCCAUGAAGUUGUGAACGACCGGUGGGAUGUGUGUCUCACCCUGAGUGAAAAAGGCUUUCAGCAGAUCAGUUUUGUAAAUAGUAUAGCUACCACAAAGGGUGGUAGACACGUCGAUUAUGUAGUGGAUCAGAUCGUAUCUAAACUUAUUGAAGUUGUGAAGAAAAAGAACAAAGCUGGAGUUUCUGUGAAGCCAUUCCAGGUGAAGAAUCACGUAUGGGUCUUUGUCAAUUGUUUGAUUGAGAACCCUACCUUUGACUCUCAGACAAAGGAGAACAUGACCCUGCAAGCAAAAAGUUUUGGCUCAAAGUGCCCGCUUUCUGAGAAAUUUGCAAAAGCAGCUUCAAAUUGUGGCAUAGUGGAGAGCAUUUUAAAUUGGGUCAAAUUUAAGGCUCAGACACAGCUAAAUAAGAAGUGUUCUUCUGUGAAGCACAGCAAAAUUAAAGGCAUUCCCAAAUUGGAUGAUGCAAACGAUGCUGGUGGUAAACAUUCCUUGGACUGCACUCUAAUUCUGACUGAAGGAGACUCUGCCAAAUCUCUGGCUGUGUCUGGACUGGGCGUUAUUGGUCGUGACCGAUAUGGCGUGUUCCCUCUCCGUGGAAAAAUCCUCAAUGUUCGAGAAGCUUCUCACAAACAGAUUAUGGAGAAUGCAGAAAUCAACAAUAUUAUUAAAAUUGUUGGCCUCCAAUAUAAGAAAAGCUAUGAUGAUCAGGAGUCCCUCAAGUCUUUGCGUUAUGGAAAGAUCAUGAUUAUGACUGAUCAGGAUCAAGAUGGCUCUCACAUUAAAGGUUUAUUAAUUAAUUUUUUCCAUCACAACUGGCCGUCUCUGUUGAAACACAAUUUUCUAGAGGAGUUUAUUACCCCAAUUGUUAAGGCGUCAAAAAAUAAGCAAGAGAUGGCAUUCUACAGUAUUCCCGAGUUUGAUGAAUGGAAAAAACAAAUUGAAAACCAGAAAAUAUGGAAGAUAAAGUACUACAAAGGUUUGGGUACGAGUACUUCAAAGGAGGCCAAGGAGUAUUUUGCAGACAUGGACAGACAUAGAAUUAUUUUCCGAUAUGCUGGGCCAGAGGAUGAUGCUGCCAUUACGCUGGCUUUCAGCAAAAAGAAAAUUGAUGACCGAAAAGAAUGGCUGACAAAUUUCAUGGAGGACAGACGUCAGCGGCGAUUGCAUGGCCUGCCAGAGCAAUUUUUGUAUGGUACUGCCACAAAGCACUUAAGUUUCAAUGACUUCAUUAACAAGGAACUGAUAUUGUUCUCCAACUCUGACAAUGAACGAUCCAUUCCUUCUCUGGUUGAUGGCCUGAAGCCUGGCCAAAGAAAAGUGUUGUUCACAUGUUUUAAAAGAAAUGAUAAGCGUGAAGUGAAAGUAGCCCAGCUAGCCGGCUCUGUCGCUGAAAUGUCUGCUUAUCACCAUGGGGAGCAAGCCCUGAUGAUGACCAUUGUUAAUCUGGCACAGAACUUUGUGGGAAGUAACAAUGUGAGCUUACUGCAGCCCAUCGGUCAGUUUGGCACAAGGUUACACGGUGGCAAAGAUGCUGCCAGCCCGCGUUACAUUUUCACUAUGUUAAGUCCGUUGGCCCGAUUACUUUUUCCAAAUGUGGAUGAUAAUUUACUUAAGUUCCUGUAUGAUGACAACCAGAAAGUGGAGCCAGAGUGGUACAUGCCCAUCAUUCCUAUGGUUUUGGUGAAUGGCGCUGAAGGUAUUGGCACUGGAUGGGCUUGUAAACUGCCCAAUUAUGACACAAGAGAGAUUGUCAACAAUAUCAAGAGAAUGUUGGAUGGCUUGGAUCCACACCAAAUGCUUCCUAGCUACAAGAACUUCAAGGGUGCAAUUCAGGAACUGGGCCAAAACCAGUACGCUAUGAGUGGAGAGAUUUUUGUCCUUGACCGGAAUACUAUAGAAAUUACAGAGCUCCCAGUCAGAACGUGGACACAGGUUUACAAGGAGCAGGUUCUUGAGCCUAUGCUUAAUGGCACAGAGAAAACUCCAGCUCUGAUAUCAGACUACAAGGAGUACCACACUGAUACAACUGUGAAAUUUGUUGUGAAAAUGACAGAAGAAAAACUGGCGCAAGCAGAAGCUGCUGGCUUGCACAAAGUCUUCAAGCUUCAGACCUCGCUUACCUGCAAUUCUAUGGUCUUGUUUGAUCACAUGGGCUGUCUUAAAAAAUAUGAAACUGUUCAGGAUAUUCUGAAGGAGUUUUUUGAUUUAAGAUUACAUUACUAUGGUCUACGGAAAGAGUGGUUAAUGGGAAUGUUGGGUGCUGAGGCUGCAAAACUUAACAAUCAAGCCAGGUUUAUCCUUGAGAAGAUUCAAGGGAAGAUGCCAAUAGAAAACAAGACUAAAAGGGAGCUAAUUCAGAUGCUGGUGCAGAAGGGGUAUGAAUCUGACCCUGUCAAAGCUUGGAAGGAAGCACAGGAAAAGUCUGCAGAGGAAGAUGAUAUCCCAGAUCUUAACGAUGAUAAGUCCUCAGAUUCGGGUACCACAUCGGGGCCUGAUUUUAACUACAUUCUCAACAUGUCUCUAUGGAGUCUUUCCAAAGAGAAAGUAGAGGACCUGAUUAAGCAGAGAGAUAUAAAGGGUAAGGAGCUAAACGAACUGAAGAAAAAAUCUCCGUCCGACCUCUGGAAAGAUGAUUUGGCCGCUUUUAUUGAUGAGCUUGAUAAAGUGGAGGCUCAGGAAAAAGAAGAUGCUUUAGCUGGCAUUGCUAGCAAAGCAAUAAAAGGUAAAAUAGGCAAACCAAAAAUGAAGAAGCUUCAGCUAGAGGAGACCUUGCCAUCAAUGUACGGCAGAAGAAUAGAGCCCCAGAUCAGUGCAAUGAAAGCUGAUGUCAGUAAGAAGUUGCUCAAGAAGAAGAAGGGUGAAAUGGACUCCUUAGCACUAAAACUAGAGUUUGAUGAGGAGUUUGGCACCACAGUAGCAGAGGGAGGUGAAGACUCUCAGACCACUACUCCAGUAAAGCCUGUAAAGCCCAAGCGGGAAAGGAAAGAGAAGGAGCCUGGAUCUCGCGCUAAAAGGAUUUCUCUGACUCCAAAAACCUCCAUCAAAAAAGGGAAGAAGAGGAACCCCUGGUCAGAAGAUGAAUCCAAGUCAGACAGUGAUAUUGAAGAGGCUGAAGUAGUAGAACCUGUAGUCAUACCUCGAGAUUCCUUACUGAGAAGAGCAGCUGCUGAACGACCCAAGUACACAUUUGACUUUUCAGAAGAGGAAGAUGCAGAUGAUGAUGAUGACGAUGAUCAAUUUAUUAGUAGUAAUAAUGAUCUCAAUGACUUCAAGCCAAAAUCGUCUCCAGUUCCAAACAAUCAAAAUGAUGACGAUGCUCUUUCAGACAGUCCAGAGAAAGAGGAUUAUGAUUUCUCAUCUUUCAAAUCAACAAAAUCCACAGAAAAACCAACGGAAACACAGAAGAAAAAGGAUAUACCGGUAGAUGAUAUAUUUUCUUCCACUUCAAUUUCUUCAAAGAUAAAUGACGAUGACCCCUCAAAAUAUAACAGCGAUGAUGGUGAAUCGUCGCCCUUCUACUCCUCACCAUUUAGCUACAAAUCUUCAGAGAAAACCACCAGCAAAACAUCUACUAAAAAAGAGAAAGAUAUUUCCAAAUUUAACAGUGAUGAUGAUGAAGAUGAUAAGCCUUCCCCCCUCUACUCUUCAACGCUUAGCAUCAAAUCCACAGAAAAACCAGCAAGCAAACCAUCUGCUAAAAAAGCAAAAACCUCUUCAGAUGGAACCCCAAAACAAAAACGACCGCCAAAGCCAAAGAAGUCUGAUGUUUUUGUGAAUUCAGACUCUGAUUUGGAGUUUGGAGGCCCAAAGAAACCUACCACACCCAAAGCAAAAGGAAGAGGAAAGAAAAGAAAAACGUCUGAUUCUGAAAAUGAAGGCGACUACAAUCCUGGGAAGAAAUCUUCCUCAAAGUCCACAUCCAGCAAGAAAUCUAAGAAAACCAUUUUUGACAAUGAUUCCGAUACGGACAUCUUCCCAGUAGACACAAACUCUGAAAGUGCGACACGACAGAGGCCGGGCCGGGCCAGGAAAGAAGUGAAAUAUUUUGCCGAGUCUGAUGACGAAGAUGAUGAUUUUACUAUGUAUUAGUUAUGUGCCUCAGGGGCACCCAAAUGUUUUCCAGCAAAGUAUCUUGUGUAGUCCUUUUGUCCCUCCUGUUGCAGACUUUUGUACAUUGUCUUAUUUUAUGUGAUAAUGUAUUUGAUGUUUUUUAUUAUUGUGUAGGCAUUUUAACAUUUGUUGUUACACAUACAGUUUUCUGCUCUUUUUUAAUCAUGAAAUGUCAUGUACUCGUUCCAAUUUGCCUUGUAGAAAUGUUUUAGACUGCCGUGCUCAAGCACACAUUUUAAUUGUCCUGAUCAAAUACGGAGGGGAAAAACACAGCAACCCUGCUUUUUAAAAUGAAGACAAAAACAUUAAAAAAAAAUGGAAAUCUGA